AUGGUACUGAGUGUCUUUGCUCUUCCAGGUAUUUAUGCUGAUAAAUGUAACAAUAGACACAAAGCGAUUGUCUUCAUUACUACACCAAAGCCUGUUGAAGCACUGAGUGGAUCUUGCUUGCAUGUGCCAUGUAGCUUCAGAGCUGAAAAAGGAGACAAUGAAUUUAACAGUGAACGAAACACCACUGGAGCAUGGAUUAAAAGUGAUAAAGGAAUCUUUAACAUCAAUCAUGGAGUUAAUAGCGCUCAGAUAAAAAUAACUGGAGACCUGAGUAGGAAAAACUGCACCACUUUGUUCGCUGAUAUAAAGACAAGUCAAGCAGGUAAAUACUACCUCAGAAUAGAGAAUGGAGUCUACAAGGCAACAGCUUGUUCUAAAGCUCUUCAGAUAAAAGUCAAAGAUUCUCCUUGGAGUCCCAGCAUUAAUAUCCCUGUUGGUGAUCUGAAGGAGCAUCAUUCUGUCACUAUAAGCUGCUCAGCUUUGACUCCCUGUCCACACUCACCUCCUGAACUCACCUGGAAUCUCCCACAAGACUCUGAGAGACAAACAGAGAAAAACCCAGAUGGAACCUUUACAACUAAGAUCCAGGAGACCAUCACUCUGUCAGACACACAUGAUGGAUACAACAUCAGCUGUUCUGCUAGAUAUCCUGUGAAUGGAGGAAGCAAGACAGCAGAGACAGAAGUGACUCUCAGUGUUUCAUAUGCUCCUAAAGACACCUCAGCAUCCAUCAGUCCAUCAGGUUUGGUGUCAGCAGGUAGCUGGGUGGAGCUGAGCUGCUCCAGCAGAGCCAAGCCUCCUGCCAGCUUCACCUGGUUCUGGAACAGCACAGAAGGAGCCAUUAAUGUAUCUGUGGGGCAGGUUUACAGCUUCAAAGUUACUGAGGGGGGAGAGUAUUACUGUGAGGCUACAAAUGACCUGGGGACUCAGAGAUCGUCAGUCACCAUUCCUAGUUUUAAAGAAACUGCUAAUUGGAUUAUCAUCCUUCCAGUGUUCUUUGUCUUUGUGUUGAUCUGCCUGAUGAUCUCCAUAUG